UUUCUGACGAGCAGAUCCGCUUGAUUUUCAGGGGGGCGUGUAUUAUUUUUUAUCAUCGACAAUUCUUUUGUGGAGAAAUUUCGUCGGUCGAUUUGUAGCUCUACGAGGCCCUAAUUUGUGGAGCACCUAUUAUCACCAUGGAGGCUGUACAUACAUGAAUCAUGGUGGUAGCACGAUAGCUGGAGCUUGCACGGUUUCCAUCUCGGAACUCGCACCCGUCUUCCUCUUCUUGUUCUAGUCGGACCCGGCGCUGCUGUCUCCUCCCCCUUCCUUUAAAUAAAGGGCAUCGCUUCUGGCUCAUGGCUUCCUAGGGGGAUCCGAGGUUCCGAGCUCAUCGUUGUUAUCCAUGGACAUGGCGUCCAAUAAUGUCUGCCGCCACCUCUGUAAAGCGCGACAUGAGGAAGACAGGCUCGGCACGCUGUCCGAUGAUGUUUUGCUCUUAAUCUUGGGGAGGGUUGACCUUUUGACGGCGGCAAGGACCUGCACUCUGUCGACACGGUGGAGGAACCUGCCAUGGUUGCUCCCCGAGAUCAACCUCCAUGUCAGGGAUUUCCUGCCCGCCCCACGCGCAGAUUACCCUACCGAUCCCACUGAUUGGAUAGAUUUUUACUCUCAGAUACCAGCUCAACACAUAGAUCAGUCAAUGGCAUCCCUGGCAAGAGCUGCUAGGAGUUUCUUGCGCAUCAAACGCAGCAAUACCGUCGCAAGGAUGUCCGUUGAGAUGUACCUGGGUGGCAACUACUCACAUGACAUUGGCCUGCUGGUCCACGGCGCCAUUGACAACGGCAUGGUAAAAGAACUGAACCUCACCAUUGCGGACGACAAGGCUCCCAAUGCUUGCAAAGAUGCGGAUAUGCUUCAGAAAGCUCAGGACGUGAACAGUUUUUUCGGUACCUAUCCUAACAUGCUUCCUUGCCUCACGAGGCUCCAGCUUUAUAACCUGCAUUUUGCUGAGGGGGAUAUUCAUCACAUCUUAUUUGAUUGCUGCAAGCAGCUGCAGCACCUUAGUCUGGAUCAUUGUGAUGCCGGGAACUGUUCCGUGUGGCAGAUAAAUGCACCAAAUUCGAGUCUGAGAGUUCUCGAAAUCUACUAUUCUUGCUUGAAGAGGCUUGACUUGCUCUGCCUGCCUAAACUAGAGCAGCUCCGUUUGGACAUGUGGGUGCAUUAUGAGCCCCCCCUGCGUUUUGGUUCUGUCCCAUCCCUUAAGGAAUUAUUUCUCCUAUCUGAUGCAAAACUCGAACAACCGGAGUUUAGUUUAAGCCAGCUUCUAAAUGGUGCAACCAGCAUACAUACUCUCAAUUUAAACUUUCAAGGAGAAAAGCUUUGGAUUCAGCCAGAAAGAGAGCAACUCCGCUAUGCAUUCAAAAAACUAAGGAAGCUAUCUAUUCAUGGCAUAUAUGUUGAAUUUGACCUGUUAUUUACAAUGAAUCUCCUUGAAGCUGCUCCAACUGUUGAGAUAUUUGAUAUCGAGAUGUUUGAACAUUCAUGUGUCAAACCAUAUUGGUUAAGCGUUGGUGCUCAAAGAGUGCAACCUUCGUGGAAGAUGCCUUGUUUCACAAGCUGCAGUAAGUGGCAAUUGAGAGAGCUCCAGGUUGCAAACUUUAGUACCCUGGUGGGCCAUUAUAUGUCAUUGGUACGUGCUGUGAUGGAUCACGCACCAAAUUUGGAGACAGUUCUCUUCAAAGAAUUCAGACGAUGCAAGGAUUGUGACAAAAUGGCUGCAAUGCCUCCUCGAGUAGGAGGCAUGUUUCCAAGGGGCAAAGAUGAGCAAGAAACCAUAGUCAAACAACUUAGAGACAACAGGGUCUCGUCCUCACCGCAGAUAAUUUUCAGAAGUAUUGUUUCAACAGUUGUAUUCUGAACUUAAAUGCGGUUUUGCGUGACAAUAGAAGUUGUUAGAAUAUUGUUGUAACAUUUUCUUAAAGAAACAUAAUAUUGUGGGGAUAUUCACUUUGGCUCAUAGGAGCAUUUGCCACCCAAAUCUGAGUAGAUGAUGGGCAGUUAAGUCA